UUGACAUUGACAUAAUUUUAUUACCAAUAUUCGCUAUUAUGCUCUGUCAAAAAAUAUAUUCGGAUGAUAACGUUGAAAACAUCAGAGUAUUCAUAAGGGUACGGCCAUUGAAAGAUGAGGAAAGUACCAAUCGAAAAUCUAACAUCGAAGUGAACAAUAAUACGAUUUCAUUCAAUAAAUAUGGAACUAUCAAAACAUUCAAGUUCUCAGAAAUCUUCGACGAACAUAGUAGCCAGCUGGAAGUAUAUCGAGUUGUGGCAGUUCCCAUAGUCGAGCAAGUUCUGCAGGGAUAUAAUGGAACAAUUUUUGCUUACGGACAAUCGGGAACUGGUAAAACGUACACCAUGAUUGGAAAUAUUAUGGAUCCGGAACUCAAAGGCAUUGUACCAAACAUCUUCUCGCACAUUUUUGCUCAAAUAAGCCUUGCAAAUAAAGACCUAUCCUAUGCCGUAACGGUAACCUACUUGGAAAUUUACAACGAGGAAAUUAGGGAUCUGCUCUCUGAAACGCCAGAACGAAAGUUGAUGAUGCGGGAAAAACCUGGAGUGGGAGUCUUCAUCAAAGACCUGUUAGGAUUCACAGUGCAUUCCUUAGAGGCCGUCACGGAGAUUUUAGCGAAAGGCAACAAGAAUCGUGCUACAGGUUGUACAAAACUCAAUGACAACAGCUCCAGAUCACAUGCAAUAUUCAGUUUACUUCUUGAAAAAAAGAAUAAAGUCACGAAUCAAUCCACUUUUGGAAAACUGAACCUAGUUGAUCUUGCAGGAUCUGAGAGGGUUAAUAAGACAUUAGCUACUGGAGAUAGGCUUAGAGAGGCUGGAAAAAUCAACUUAUCUCUCUCAGUUCUGGGAAACGUGAUAUCAGCUCUCGUUGAUGGAAAGAGCAGCCACAUCCCUUACAGAAAUUCGAAGCUAAAUGUUAUGAGCAUAAAUUAA